AUGUCUUAUCUGGUCAACUGUCUGUCCGAAGAGGACCAGGAAUUCCAUCACAUUAAAAACACUGCUGCUGACUUCUACCGGGCCAACAGAGUACCCGAGGAGCUGGAGGCCGCCCUGGGGGAAGCUUUCUUCCAGAACCCGGAAGACGUCUACGGUUACCUGGCAAACCAUUUCACAAAGUUGUCCUCAGCGCCACUAAUCAGCAGACUGAAUGGAAAGGACGUGUAUGACUCCAAAGGACAACUAUGUGUUGAGGCUGAGAUCGUCUGCGUCGUCAGCAAUAAAGAAACGAGGAUAUGCUCUGCUGCGAUCGCCAGCCAAAUUGGACAGAAGGAGACUGGUGUGGACUGGCAGGCAAACACUGAGGAGAGGGAGCACCAUGUAAUGACUGCUGUCCAGUGGAUCACUGAACCUCUGAGCAAAAUGCUAGAAAAACAGAACCCCUGUGAUCAAUCAGAAGUUGACCAGAAACUCAGUGAGUUCUUCAUAGCCCGAGACCUGGAGGAGAAAGAAAUCAGAAACAAAGAGGAGGAGAUUGUUUCUGUCCCCGAGCAAGAGGUGGAGAUUCCAGCUUCUCCACCGGAAAAAAAGAAAGAUAAGAAGAAAAAAAAAGCCAACGUUUCAGAGAAACCAUUUUGUCCAGCUGAGCCACCCGAACCUGUGCUACCUGGAUGCUUGGCCAUUGGCUCAGUGUCCCUGGCUGUGGCCAAAGCUGGGGCCCAAGUAAACGCCAUCCCACUGUACAAGUACAUCAGAAUCCUAAAGAACCCAGAGGAUCAGGAUAACUUCCACAUCCCUGUCUCCCUGGUGACUUUACUGAGCUGUGGGAAGACUUCUCCUGGAAAACUGAAAUUGCUGGAGGAGGUCAUACUCAUCCCGAAGGCAGGACACCGAGUCAAACAAAUCAUCACAAUGGCCAUGCAGUUACAGCAGGAAAUGAUGAGAAUAAUGAACACUUCAUCCAAAAGCGGGGCCAUUCAAGCCAUUCUGAGUGACAGUGGAGUGGUGCCUCUGAACUUUGAUCGUCCUGAGCAAGCGCUUGAUCUGAUCUCUGAAGCCUGCAAUAAUCUCGAGCUUUCACUGGGAACAGAGAUCCACCUGGCAGUCAACUGUGCUGCGCAUGACCUGAUGGACUACGUCAAGGAAAAGUACGAGAUUGCAACAGGAGUUUUUAAGUCUCCCGAUGAUUUAGUGGCCAUGUACCAAACCCUCGUUAACAAAUACGCAGCAGUGGUGGCUUUAAUCGAUCCUUUCAGGAGGGAGGAUCCGGAUCAAUGGGAGAAGCUCAGCAACGUGAUGGGAGACUCGUGCUCGCUGCUCUCUGACAUCACAUACAAGCCGCAGGCUCCGCCCCUUCCUGGAGUCAGAGGUCGCUUCCUAAAACACAUCAACGAAAUAACGAUCAGCGACUUGAUCCACAUCGCAGCCGAGGAACAAGGUUCACUUAUAUUUGGGACAGUCAGCAAUGAGGCCUGCAGUGAAGACUCUAUGGCAGACAUAGCGGUGGCUCUGGGUGUGGACUACGUGAACCUGGGAGGUCUGCGGAGUGCUGAGCGGAUGACUAAAUACAACAGGCUGGCGUGUAUAGAGGAAGAGCUGGCCCAACAGGGACGCCUGGUCUCCAAGCAGGCUCACCCCCCUCCGCUGUUUGCUGAAACAACACAGGAGGAGGAGUGACGCCGCAUCUUCAUUUCCCUCCCUCCGUGCAGUGGAUCCAUCCGUCAUACCAGUUAGUACAAGACCGACCAAUCACC